GACGAAAUCGCACGGGUGCGUCGAGCAGGCCACGUCGAGCCGCCGCGCCCCGAUUGCAUCUGUUUUUCCAUUCGUAAGUUCACCCCGCAUAUACGUGACGGUAGCUUGGGAGAGAAAGAGGGAGAGACAGCACUUUCGUUCGUACGAAACGCAAAUUCGUGCAUGUGACUCGGCGCCGAGGAACAUCACAGAGACCUCCACGAGACUUCGAUCGCCGGGGACCAUGAGGCCCGCGAGAAGCUGGGCCCCGUUGGCAGUGACCGCGCUCGUCGCGACGGCUCUACUGCUGAGGCCCAUCCACGCCGAUGCGCCUAUCUCGGGCAACUAUCUACCACCGUCAACCAGUUACGGCACACCUAAUCUAGGAGGUGGCGGCGGUGGAGGAAUAUCGACGAGCUACGGUGCGCCUUCAGGUGGUGGCGGCGGCGGCGGUGGUGGCGGUGGUGGCUACGGAGGUGGUCGACCUUCCUCGACAUACGGAGCACCCAGUGGAGGUGGCGGUGGCGGUGGAUAUUCCGGUGGAGGCGGCGGUGGAACACCGUCCUCCAGUUAUGGUGCACCUCCGUCCUCCAGUUACGGUGCACCACCAUCCUCGAGUUAUGGAGCACCGUCAAGUGGAGGCGGUAGACCAUCGUCCACGUACGGUGCACCUUCCGGUGGUGGUGGAGGUUUCGGCGGUGGCGGUUUCGGAGGAGGGGCACCCUCCUCGAGCUAUGGAGCGCCACCCUCCUCGAGUUAUGGAGCACCUUCUUCGACCUACAGCGCGCCCUCCUCGAGCUAUGGGGCACCGCGCGGCGGUGGCGGCGGCGGUGGCGGAGGUGGAUACGCUGGAGGCGGAGGAAAACCCUCGUCCAGCUACGGAGCUCCCAGUUCCGGUGGCGGCGGCAGUUUUGGAGGUGGCGGUAGUUUCGGAGGAGGUGGAUACUCUAGUGGUGGUGGAAUAUCUUCAACUUAUGGUGCACCCUCGGGAGGUGGCGGUGGAUACUCCGGUGGUGGCGGCGGAGGAUACUCUGGCGGUGGUGGCGGAUAUUCCGGUGGUGGCGGCGGAGGAUAUUCUGGUGGUGGUGGCGGCGGAUAUUCCGGCGGUGGCAGUUUCGGAGGCUCUGGUGGUUACUCCGGAGGAGGUGGUGGCGGUUAUUCCGGCGGUGGUGGUGGUGGUUACUCCGGCGGUGGCGGUGGCGGUGGCAGACCAUCGUCGUCUUAUGGUGCUCCCAGUGGAGGUGGCGGACAGAGCUACGCCAGCAAUGGAGGAUACCAAUACUAAUCCAGAUAUGUGUUCACCCGGCGAGACGAUCUCCGUGCUCAAUCACGUCGGCUUCCACCAGGUUUUCUGCGUUGAACAACGC